AUGUCCGAGAAGCACCUAGGGGACACAAUGGAAGUCUAUAUAGACGAUAUGUUAGUGAAGUCAAAGCAAGCUAAAGACCAUGUUGCUGACCUGCAGGAUUCCAUUGAGGUAUUCAAGAGGUUUGGAGUGCCUAGUGAGAUUGUCGGUGACAAUGGAUCACAGUUUAUAAGUGAUAAAACAAGACAAUUCUGCGACGAGUGGAACAUCAACCUGGUGACCUCAACAACCAGGUAUCCACAAGCAAAUGGGCAAGCUCCGUCCGACAAUAAAGUGAUCAUAAAUGGCAUCAAGAGGAGACUAAAAGCUGUGAAAGGUAAAUGGGCAGAGGAGUUGCUCAAGAAGUCUAUUCCUACAGCCAGGUAUAGUUUGCAGACUGCUGAAGCUAAUAAAGACGAACUCAACUACGACCUUGAUACUAUUAAAGAGUUGAGAGACAAUGCACUCAUAAGAAUGGCCGCUGAGCAACAAAUAGUGGCUCGCAGCUUCAACAAAAAUGUGAAAGCCAAGGUGUUUAAAGCAGGAGAUUGGAUCCUAAGGAAAGUAUUCCAGAACACCCAAGAAUAG